AUGGUUUACCCCAGCUUGGAGGCUACGGACAAUUGCUGGGUCACGGUCGCUACGGUCUACAAAGGCAGCCGCUUGGCUCUCUUCUCACCGAUGGAGGGUCUGGAUGUGUUUGAGCUGGAGGACGGGCAACAAGGAUCUGCCGUCAACCACCUCCCUUUGGAUGACACCGGACAGAGGACGGAUGCCCAGGGAGAGGUACCGCCCCAUCUGCAAGACCUCCUGGAGCGAGGAGCCGCGAACCUUGACUGUGUUGAACGUUCCCGACUGGCUGAAUUGCUGACGGAAUUCGCUGGAGCAUUCACCGGCCCGGACGGCAAACUUGGUCAGACCGAACUGACCCGACACACAAUAAAUACAGGGACAGCAACGCCUAUACGUCAACCGCCGAGGAGAUUGACGAUACAUAAACGGCAAGAGGCUGACCGACAGGUAAAACAGAUGCUGCAGGACGGCGUGGUCGAGCCCUCCCACAGCCCUUGGUCAUCCCCGGUGGUGCUGGUCCGGAAGAAGGAUGGGUCUCGGCGGUAUAUUUCCACCAAAAAAGUGACUUGCAUCCCUCAGCCUUGA